GCGGUGCCUCCUCCAGCUGGUUGUCAUUUCGUGCGGCGGCUCGCUCCUGAGGAGACCGGGCUCGGCGGCGGCCGGGCGGGGAGCGGCGGCGGCAGCAGCAGCGGCAGCAGGAGGAGAAAGGAGGAGGAGAGAGGAGGAGGGAGGCACCGGCUGCGGCACCGAGGCAGGAAGCGGCUGGGGGGGGGGAGGGAGGGGAAGGGAAGGAGAAAAGGGGAGGUAGAGGGGGUUAAAGGAAAAAUCAUAAUAAGCGGCACGACGGGGCGAGCGGCAGCCGAGGACCCGUCGCGGCCAGGCUCGCCGGCUGCUGGAGCUCCUCCCGCCCGCCCGGAGCCGUGGGUGCGUGUGGCGCUGCCCUUCUGCCGUCGCCGUCCCCCCCCGGAGGCAGCGUCCCCCCGCCCGGCGCCCGGCUGGUUUACAUGAGGGGGAAGGAAGCCCGCCUGGAGCCCAGAAGACGCGCAGCAGGGGAAGGACUGCUCCGAGGAGCCGCCGCCGCCGCCUCCGGCCCCCGAGCCCCGGUUAGUCCGCACGGCUCCCCCCUCCGCGGCACUCGGCGGCCGAGCCCCUGCCCCGAAAUCUGCGGGAGAACCGCUUAAACACCUUCCAUGGGGGAGAGAGGAGCCCGGCCCCCCGCCGCCUGCACCUUCCCCUCCUCGCCGGAGGCUGCUCCUCUCCUGAGGUAAAAGAAAAAAAAAAAAAAGAAAAAAAAAAAGCCUACCCCCCCUGCCUACCCCGACAGCAGGACACUCGUGAGGGUGGGGGGACACCGCGGCGGGCACCCCACAGCGAGCCGGGGCCUGGCGAGCCCAGCCUGCCUGCACCCAGCCCAGCCUGCCCGGCUGGAUGCGGAGACCCUGAGGGGAAAAAAAAAAUCACCACGUCCACGCACAUCCAGCCUGCCCGGAGGGAACCCACGGAUCCGGGGGGAAGGAGGAGAGCCCGGCACCAGGAGCACCCUCCUAGCUGCGGAGAGAGAGCAAGAAAAAUCGCCUUCCCCUUCCUCCCGCACAGCUCGCUGUCCCCUCCCUUCCCUUUUCCCGAACGCUGAAUGCUGAUUUCUGAGAUGAAAAUCUUCCUCCGCGGACAGCCAGGGCUCAUGUGAAGGACACGCAAAUAUUGGAUCAUAAAUAAGAAGCGAGUCUGGCGAGCUCAGAAACCCAGCCCAAAAGGAGCAGCAUCAAGAAUCCACCCUUCUCCUGCACAACUCACUCCCCACCCAACACACACAGAAUACUAAUUUCCUGAGAUAAGAUCUUACCCCUUCUAAACAACCACACGCGCGCACACACACACACACACACGGAGUGUAUAUUGUUGCUACACAUAAUAGGUUAAACACAGCAGCACCGUAAAAAGCCUCCUCUGCAACUCACGCCUCUUUUUCACCCCUCUGAAUGCUGAAAUCCUGAGGUAAAUUUUUUUGUUACCCACAGCAAAGACUCUUUUUGAACAGGACAAAUAUAUAUUAGAUUAUAGAGAUGUAUUAAAUUAUUCCAGAUUUAAAUCUAUUUUUUUGCUGCCAAGGGGUCGGGGGACCAGACGUCAUUGUAUAUUUUUUUUUUCCUCUUAACUCAUUUAUGGGCGAGUCAAGGCUGCUGAGGAGGAAAAAAACAGGAUAGUUAGAAUCUCUUUAUCCUUAUUCCCCAGAAGCUUUUUCUCUCAUUGCUGUGCGUUUCGUUUAGAAAAAGGAAACCUCUUAUUUUGUGAACCAAAGAUUUAUUUUUCCCUUUCUCCUGGCUGAAGGGAGGAAACGGGCACCAAUUGACACAUUUAAAUAGUUGAAGAAAUCUAUCUUUUGCAAAAACAAAAGUCUAUAUCCAAAUCUGAAAUAAAUAGCGUGGAGGGAGAAACUGGAAUAUCUAGCUAGAAACAGGAUACUUAAUAAUCUCUCCUCAGAAGAGGAAGAGGUAAACACUAAACAUCGACUUGUUCUUACACAGAGGAUUCAAACCCUAAAUAUAAUAAAUGGGGGAUUACGGGUUUGGAGUGUUAGUGCAAAACAACACUGGAAAUAAGUCAGCUUUUCCAGUCAGAUUUCAUCCACAUCUGCAGCCUCCACACCAUCAUCAAAAUGCAACCCCCAGCCCUGCUGCUUUUAUAAAUAAUAACACAGCUGCCAAUGGCAGUAGUGCUGGGUCAGCUUGGCUCUUUCCUGCUCCAGCUGCCCAUAAUAUUCAGGAUGAGAUUCUGGGGUCAGAAAAAUCUAAAACUCAGCAACAGGAAAAGCAAGAGUCCCUAGAAAAACAGCAGCUUUCCCCUAGUCAAAGUCAGGAAGCAGGCAUGCUCUCUGAACCUGAGAAAGCUAAAACUGAAGAAAAUCAGGGUGAUAAUUCUUCGGAGAAUGGCAAUGGAAAGGAGAAAAUAAGAAUAGAGUCACCGGUGUUAACAGGAUUUGAUUAUCAAGAGGCUUCGGGGCUAGGCACUUCGACACAGCCCUUGACAUCCACUGCAUCUUCUCUGACUGGUUUUAGUAACUGGUCUGCAGCUAUCGCUCCUUCUUCCUCUACAAUAAUCAAUGAAGAUGCAAGUUUUUUUCACCAGGGAGGGGUCCCUACUGCCUCGGCUAAUAAUGGUGCUCUGCUGUUUCAGAAUUUUCCACAUCACGUCAGCCCUGGCUUUGGUGGUAGCUUUUCCCCUCAAAUUGGACCCCUCUCUCAGCACCACCCUCAUCACCCCCAUUUUCAGCAUCAUCACAAUCAGCAUCAGCAACAGAGGAGGUCUCCUGCAAGCCCUCAUCCGCCUCCAUUUACACAUAGAAAUGCUGCUUUUAAUCAGUUGCCUCAUUUGGCUAAUAAUCUAAACAAGCCGCCUUCUCCAUGGAGCAGCUACCAAAGUCCAUCGCCGACACCAUCUUCAUGGAGCCCCGGGGGCGGUGGAUAUGGUGGGUGGGGUGGGUCCCAAGGUCGAGACCACCGCCGGGGACUGAACGGAGGGAUAACGCCCCUGAACUCCAUCUCGCCCUUAAAGAAGAAUUUUGCAAGUAACCAUAUCCAGUUGCAGAAAUAUGCUCGACCCAGCUCGACCUUUGCUCCAAAAUCAUGGAUGGAAGACAGCCUGAAUAGAGCUGACAACAUUUUUCCUUUUCAGGAUCGUACAAGGACUUUCGACAUGCAUUCACUGGAGAAUUCACUAAUUGACAUAAUGAGAGCUGAAAAUGAUUCACUGAAAGCAAGGACAUAUGGGAGAAGGCGAGGUCAGUCUUCGCUGUUUCCAAUGGAAGAUGGGUUCUUGGAUGAUGGACGUGGGGAUCAGACUCUUCACAGUGGUUUAGGAUCACCUCACUGCUUCUCCCAUCAGAAUGGAGAGAGAGUGGAACGGUAUUCCCGUAAAGUCUUUGUCGGCGGACUGCCACCAGAUAUUGAUGAAGAUGAGAUCACUGCUAGUUUUCGUCGCUUCGGACCUUUGAUUGUAGACUGGCCACACAAGGCAGAAAGCAAAUCUUAUUUUCCUCCUAAGGGAUAUGCAUUUUUGCUGUUCCAAGAUGAAAGCUCUGUACAGGCACUGAUUGAUGCAUGUAUUGAAGAAGAUGGAAAGCUCUAUCUUUGUGUUUCCAGCCCCACUAUCAAAGACAAACCGGUUCAGAUCCGGCCUUGGAACCUUAGUGAUAGUGAUUUUGUUAUGGAUGGUUCACAGCCUCUUGACCCACGAAAAACCAUUUUUGUUGGUGGUGUUCCUCGGCCUUUACGAGCAGUGGAACUUGCAAUGAUAAUGGAUCGGCUCUAUGGAGGGGUGUGCUAUGCUGGAAUUGACACAGACCCUGAGCUGAAGUACCCAAAAGGAGCUGGGCGGGUUGCGUUUUCUAAUCAACAGAGUUACAUAGCUGCUAUCAGUGCUCGCUUUGUUCAGCUGCAGCAUGGAGAGAUAGAUAAACGGGUGGAAGUUAAGCCAUAUGUCUUGGAUGAUCAGCUUUGUGAUGAAUGUCAGGGGGCCCGUUGCGGUGGAAAAUUUGCUCCAUUUUUCUGUGCUAAUGUUACCUGUCUGCAGUAUUACUGUGAAUAUUGCUGGGCUGCUAUCCAUUCACGCGCUGGCAGGGAAUUCCACAAGCCCCUGGUGAAGGAGGGAGGAGAUCGCCCAAGACAUAUUUCAUUCCGCUGGAACUAAAUGAUCACUGCAGUGCUCAUAUGCAGGCCUCAAAUUAAGUGCACUCUUCUGUUAUCCUGAUUAUCCCUACCCCACCCUGCCCUUUCUCUUAUUCAAGAUAGCAUGUCCUUUUGUAGUAGUCUGUAAUUUAACAAUAGUAUAAUGAAAGAAUGACCUAUAAUAUGGGUAUUUUGUAGAAUCUUGUCAUUGAAAACUGUAUUGGGAACUCCUUUUCGUAUUGAUAACAUGUUGCAAGUGAGUUGCAUUCUCUUGUCUUUACUACCGAGAGAACACUUAAUUUCAUGCAACAUUUUCUUAGAGGAGAGAAAAAUAUUAAGAAAAGAGAAUUGAAACAAUAGAGUAUUUUGUUUUUUUUAAUUAAAUUAUUGUUAAUAAAGAACAUAAGAAUACUUUUAUUAAAAUAACCGUGUAACAAUAACACUAUCAGUCUGUUCUGACACUUUCCCCCAGGGAAGCCUGUUUUUGCCUCUCUUUUUGUUUUGACUUCACAUUUUUCCAGCAACAGAUGAAGUUAACAUUUACCUAUCAACAGGAAAGAGCAUGUUUAAAGCAACAAAAAUGCAUGAGCAAAGUUGAAGCAGCAUUAUAGUAAUGUUUUUUUUUUCUUUCUUCCUUUAUUUCUCUUUUUCCUUCUUUUUCUCUCUCUUUUUUUUUGUUUUGUUAAUCUUUUAAGGGUUUUGAGGCUGAAAUUUUUGCUCGGUAUAUAUCUGACCUUGCCUCUGACUACCACCCACAUCCAAAUUAGUAAUGAGAUAGGCAGAGCUUAUUAUAUUUUCAUCAAAACUAUUACAUUUUAAGAAUUCCUGAAUGUAAAAGUUGAGUAAAGUUACUACUGAGGGGGGGGGAGUGCACUUUUGUUUUCCUUUAAGAAAUUCAAUUGUCUGGUUACAGCCCUAGAAAUCCUACCAAAGCUAGAGUAAUGACAACUAGUUAACUGGCAUUUCCUCUCCUGAAGGAUAAAUAUAUAGAUUUUAUUUUUGAUGGCUAUAUAUAACUCUAUAUCCUAAUAUACUAACAUUCAUCAGGGGCCAGCCUUUGCUCUCCAUUUUGACAUGAAAAAGUAGAAAACCUAAAGAUACCUCAAGGAUAUCACUGAUUUUUACUGAAGUUUUGAUAUUCAGAUGUGUCACGCAAAGUAAAUUGGCUGCUUAUUGGUUUCCCAUCUUGGAUGUAAAGUUAGUUUUAAAUACCCUCUAACUUAGUUGUAACAGAAGGCAUGAACCUAAGUAGUUUCCAAGUCUUGUUUUGCACUGUUUUCUGAAUUUUUGCAUGAAACGGUGCGAGCACGCAUAUGCCUUUCUUACUCUUCCUGUAGAAAGGAAUUCCAGCUAAGGUUCCUCCUCUUCAGAACUUAAUAUGGAGAAAUAAAGAAACACAGGUAUUUGAAGUGCCAAGAUUGCUAAGUUAAUGCCUGCUUUAUUAUAAAUAAGUUCUACCUUGAGAAGCAUUAACACAGUACAUGUUAAUUGAAUGAUAAAGAGUGGGUGCAGGGGUUUAGUUUGAAAUAGUUGAAUGAAGGAGUAGUUCUGAAAAUUAUUUUUGUUACUUUUGAACUAAUGCCCUGGCCAACUUCUGAACUGAUUAUUUAGCAGUGUGCAAACAAAUUCAGUGGCAAUCUUCUAAACUGCCUGACCGGCAUGGUACCAUCCUAGAUUCUCUGAGACCAAAGACUUGCCUCAGCACUGCUCAGAAAACAUCUGCUCCGUUGAAAGCCUUUGUCAGCCCCCUCAUCCUGUUCCCCCAGCCCAGAUUAUCUUUAUGAGAAGUAGUUUUUAUUUUCAAUACAGGCUUUAAUGAACUAUACCUUAUCGAGUUCCAAAGGUCAAAAUGGAGACAUUUGCUGUCUACUAGUCAAGUAUAGAAAGGGAGCUGCUUUUAAUGAAAUCCCUGAAAAUAUUGACAACAGUAAUGCAAAUGCAGAGUGCUCUUGUGUAGAUUGUCAGGGACUUUUUUUUCUCUGAAGUACAUAAUUAUAGUUGGAAUGUUCCUUUAAUUUUUUUAAUGCUUGUAGGUGGCUUGGGGUGUGCUAUUGUGCCGAUCCUACCCAGUAAACAGGUGAGAUGGGUUACCAUUACAAGAAAUAACACUGUUUGAGAACUAGCUUUGAAUAAUAAUUUUCCCUUUGUACAUGACCUGCUGAAUUUCGGUACAGUGUUUUUGUAGCUAACUUAUUUUGUCAUGCACAUAAUGUAUAUUUGUUAUGCACUACUUUUGUAUAUCUUGUUUUUCCAACAGUGAGCAUUUUUAGGCACACUUUUCACUGACGGGAUAUCUCUUUAUGCAAUACCUCAAUUUUUCAUAUUGCAAAGAGUAGCUUUUUGUACUUUUAUUACUGAGAGAUCUUCAUAUACUUCAUUUUUUAAUAUAAAUAAUUUUAAUAAAUUUUAUUUUCUUAUAUUCUGCUUUUUAUACAUUUCAGUGCUCUGCAUACAUUUUGAAUUAUGGAUGUUGUGCACUGGCAAUGCUAUUUUAGAAUCUGCAGAGAAAAGAAAGCAUGUUGCUUAAACAUCUUAGCCCAGCACCAGGUAUUUGGUGUACAUAUAAUUUAAGAAAUAGUAUAUGUAAAGUUGAGAAUUAAAGAAGAAAAGCAUGAAAGUGACAAAUGACACUGUCUUUAGACCCUGAAAUUUAAAUGCAUAAAUAUAGUGUAGAAUUUAAAAGUAAAGAAACAUCAGAAUUGUCUACCGCUUCUUACUAAGUUUUUAAAAAUUAUACACAAAUGCAGACGUUUUUGGUGAAUGUUUAGCCAUUUUUAAUAUUAAUAAAAAAUUGAUGUUAGGUGUUUGAUGCAGAAAUGUGUCUGCUCUUUUAAAUUAUAUUUAAAGAAUAAAAGAGAGCCUGCUAGGUGGCAGGCAUGUAAUGUUAGUAUGCAUGACUAAUGUAAGAAAUUGUUAUUCUACUAAUAUUCACUUGUGAUUGUGUGACAAGCGUGUUUACAGAUUAUUUGGUUACACUUCGAUUUACAGGGCAUAAACAAUUAUAUACAUUACUCUGUACUUAAAUAGUGAUUACAUGUCCUUCUGAUUACAUGGGAUUUGUAGUUGGGGUUACCAUGUAGCUCCAAACAUAAUUAACAUGUAAUUAGUUUACCAGUCUUAGGGUAUCACUUCAAUUUGCAAAGGGGUUAAUAAGCAUGUAGUUUUAUCACACUAGCAUGGCGCUGGCCAUGUAUUUACAAUGUAGUUACAGAGUAAUUACAUGGUUAUUUUUGCAAUGUAAAAUAAAGUGUUUCUGAUUAUUUUAUAUGUAAAGGAACCCCACUGCCCCGUGCUUUUUGGUAUAGUAUAUACUUCUCCAUACACAGACCUCUGCAGAAUGCAAAUUUAAAACUUGCAGUGAAUGAAUUUAGCGUUUUAUAAGGAUGCUGUUGGAAAGACUUGAUAAUUCACCCCUUUUGUUUUUAGAAGAGUUAAAACCUUCUGUUAUAAGGUGAUUUAAAACUUGAAUGUGAUGAAUUGUGGCAAGUUAACUUCAAGUUAUGUGCAAUACCUAUUUCAGACUUCUGGAAGAUCUUUGCAGUGUAAUUCUUUGUUUUUAAUUGCAGACAUUUAAAAAUGUCAUUUUCUACUGUUCUAGUAAAUCCUCUUUCUUGCUGGUGUUUCUAAAGAAAAGAAUCAGAAAUCAAUCUUUCUACUAAUGUAAAUUUGAGAUUAUUUUUAAAAAAAAUGGAAUAAAAGGUUUUGGUCAUUUGCUUUAUUUUAUUAUCUUAUUUUAAAGCUACUGUGAUAGCAUUGUAAGAAUUGGGACAAUAUUGUAUUCAACUGUUUUAUUUUUUAUAUUUUUAAAUUUUAAAGUAUAAUUAGUUUUUAUAAUUUUCAUCAGAUUUUUUUGUUAUAUUUUUUGGAAGUGAAACUUUUAGCAAGUGGGUGUCUAGUUUUUACUAAUCCCUAAUAUGUUUUUCCCCCAAUGUAUUGCUCAUAUUAUCAGAAGGAAAAGUUAUUUAAGUAUGUCAGUUAAUUGUACUACUUGGCUGAAUUUCCAUAUAGUUUUUACUGUGUAUGGGGAGGUUGUAGUAUUUAUUAUAGCAUUUUAAAUAAGGGUAAUUCAUUUUUUAUUAAAGUCAUUUUCACGUUUAAGUUCAUAUUUUUGUAUGUUCUACUCUAAGUUAUAUAACACAAGUUACUUUUUUUAAAGAGUUCAUUUGUUGAAGUGCUAGUGAAAAAUUAAUGUUAUUAAAUAGUUUGCAAAUGACUAUUUAUACCAGUAUGCAUAUAAUUUUUAAAUAUUUGUAAUGUGAGAUGUUGAAUGAAUAAAACUUUUAACUCAA